UUUUAUUUUUUGGCUAGCCACGAUGAUGUCUUUCUUCUCCCCACCGGCUGGCAUUGGAGGUCAUCUCGCCUUCUGCAUAAUCCCUCUCAGCUGGUAAUCUCCCCUUGACUGUUUUUUUUGGCAGAGGGAAGCUCAGGUCUUUCGAUAUAUAUUUUUGGUACCUUUCCCUCACCUCUUCUGCUCUACCCUGGGGUGUUUUUUCUCUCUCUCCUCUCUCUUCCUCACCCUCAUCUCUUCGGAAUUGCUGGGUUUCCCUUUUUUUUUUUGGAAAAUAACGAAGGAUGAGAAAUUGAAUCCUUAUUUUUGGGGAUAACAGUGGGUUUCCUCACUUCUGAAGUGCUUGCUGGAGGCAUUCUUUGCUUAACCUCCGUUUUUUUGGGUUCCUCCUUCUCACUCCCCAAGUUUAAGGGAGUGAAAAAUUAAACUUGGCUUUCCAGCUUUAUUGGAUUGAAUGUAUUGAAUCCUUGGGUUUUGUUGUCCUUGUGGUGGUGGUUCUUGCAAGUUUUUUUUUUUUUUAGCUAUAAGGGCCUGAAGAAGUAGGGAAGAGUUUGUCCUGGUGAACUUUUGAGCAAAGGGGAGGAAGAUUUUCUGCCUCUCCAAUUUUUUUAAAUCUUCUGACUACCCUGGGAUCCUUCUCUGUAAAGUAUAACUAUUUUGGGUCCCCCUGACUUUUUUUUAAAAAACGUUUUCAAAUCCAAAGCUUGACGUAUACGUCUCUAGAUAGCUGACUAAAGUCAAGCUUUGAGAGGCAAUCGCAAUGGCUGGUCACUUGGGUCGGGAACUAGGUCACCCUUAUGCUUUUCCUGUCCAAGGCCUUAUUAACAAUAUAUCUCCUUUAUCCCACCAUGAAGCUACUGGGGGCUUCUUGACUGAAACCUUUAGUGGAGCGAGUGCUGGACAAGCCUUUGGAUUCAGAGCCGAAUACGGCCCACAAGUGGGGCUGAUGGAGCCCCAUCCAGGCAGUAGUGAAAACCUCCGAACUUGGUACCCCUACCCCAGCGGUGGGGAUGCCUUGCCCGCCCACCGCCCGGUGGUUAUGAGGGGUCCUUAUGGGGUCCCUCAAUCUGGGGAGGCCUGUGAAAACCCAAGGCCGGAGAUCAGGACUGAGCAAGACUAUGACCAACCGGGGCCCUAUUUUGUGCCCCGCCACGCUGUGCCCCUUGCUGCUGCCUGUGUCACACCUGACAGCAGUGGGGAGGCCACUUUGCCGGGCAAUGAGCCCCAGCCUUCUAGUAGCCCAGCUAGCCAAGAGAAAGAGCCGCACAGCGAUGACUGCAGUCCCCAGAAGGACAGAACCCAAAGCCCCGGUCAGAAGACUUUGGGAGCCGUCAAGGAAGAAGGUGGAAGCGGUGACGAUGAGGAGAACACUACCACAGAGGAACUGGAGCAGUUCGCCAAGGAGCUGAAGCACAAAAGGAUCACGCUAGGUUUCACUCAAGCUGACGUUGGAAUUGCCCUGGGCUUGCUGUAUGGGAAGAUGUUUAGCCAGACCACCAUCUGCCGCUUCGAAGCCUUGCAGCUGAGCUUCAAGAACAUGUGCAAACUGAAGCCGCUUCUCAAGCGUUGGUUGGAGGAGGCCGACACCAAUGAAAACUUGCAAGAGCAACUGUGCUCCAUGGAGGCAGCCGUGGUCCAAGCUCGGAAGCGCAAACGGACCAGCAUUGAGGACCCUACGAAGGACGUCCUCGAGGCUUACUACCAGCGCUGUCCCAAGCCCAACCUGCAGGAGAUCACUCAGCUGGCUGAGGACCUCGGAAUGGAGAAAGAUGUGGUUCGUGUCUGGUUCUGCAAUCGUCGCCAGAAGGGCAAGCGCAACAUGGGAGUAGCUCCUCAGAACUGUGAGGGCCUUGCUUUCUCCCCCGGCCCGCUGCAACCUGGGCCCACCUACGUGCCCCAGCCCCAGGGCUACGGACCCCCUGCGCUUACGGCUGUCUUCCUCCCCCCGUUUCACGAUGGCGAGGCCUUUGUCCCUGCCCCAUCUGGCUCUGCAGUUGUGGGUCACCCUAUGCAUUCCAGCUGAAGGGCCCUUUUAACCAACCCACCCCCUCCCUCUGACUUUUUAAUCCAAAGGAUAUCCUACUUUUGACUUCUUCUUUUUUCUUUUUCUCUUUUUUUUUAAGCACUAGGUCCCUUUAGGAGGCUCCUAGGAUUGGUUUGUUCAGUUGUUCUUGUUGUUUUUGUCUCUUUUUUAAAAAAACAUUAUAAAUCAGGGAUACAGAUCUUCACAGCAAAGAUCUUCAUUAAAAUCGUGAUCACUAGUCACAGCUUAGACUUGAUACUAAAGUCUGAGCUGUGGCUUGUAAUCAUGAUUUUAAUCUAUUCUUAUUACAUUCUCAAAGUAAAAUGUGCUUCUAGAUGCUUUUAGAAUAAAGUUAUUUUUCCCCUCUGACAAUAGGCUUUAGUUCCCUAGAGCCCACAGUGUUUGCUGAUUUCCGUUACAGUCGUAGAUAUGUAAGUGAAGAGGAAAUUAAUCCGGUAAUAUCCUGACUCUUUUCUUCCCCAUCCUUUUCAGUAAUGAAAAGGACCUGCAAUAUUUACUCCCUAAAUAACACUGUCCUGUUAAAAUCACUGGGGUUCAGAAAUGCUUUAGAUAGUGUUAUUUGGGGAAAUAGCAGAUGAGAUUUAAAAAUCGUACUAUUUUCAAUAGGUAGGUGGGGAAUCAGGAACUUGAAUUGUACUUUAGAGCAAUGAGGAUCAUUCACUCCAGAGCCAAUGUCUGUAUGUCUCCUGUUAAAUGGCAUGACGGAGGAUUUACACCAUCUUAAACUCAUGGAAGAGUCAUUUAUAACAGUGACUCUUCCUUGAGUUUAGCAUGGUGUAUAUUCCUUUUCCCCUUCCUUGUGGCAUUCCAGGUUCUGAAAACCAGUAAGGAGACAUCUAAGAUUUCUUCAGUACUUCCUUCCCUCAUAUAUUUGCUUUUCAAUAAUUACUAUUUUUUGGGUGUGGGAGAGGAAUUGUCAUAUUUUCUCUGGUGGGGGAGAGGUUUUAAUGUUUUUAAGAAUAAAAUCAAUUUGGUCUCUGUACUCAAAAUGUCUUAAUGUGCUCUUGGCACUCUGAAUUGUAUGCAUGAGACCCCUAAUAAAAUUCUUAACCAUA